GAUCCUUCCACUUUAUUAGACAAAACACGGUCAAAGUCGCGGAGGGGUUCCUGACCCCGUCUGCACCUCCACUGUAACCACGGCUAGCAGGAGGUGGAGCUUUUGGCUUAACUGUGGCAGCGGCCGGGGAGCAGGUUAACGUGAAAAACACAGAAGCAAAGAAGUCACAGUAUGACGUGAAAAAAUGGCAUUGUUUGGCCACAUUCUCUGGAGUGGAAACUAAAUAUAAACGGUCACCGAGCAGCCCAGCCCAAGUAAGAGGACUUCAGUGGUGUACAGGUGGUUAUCAGUCAGCCAUGGAUACCACCACCUCCCUGAAGAUGACCUCUCUGGCCGUCCAGAGUCUGUUCGGCUACGUGGAGGAGGAGAAUCUGGCUGCCGUCAAAGCACAUUUGGACAAGUUCAGAGAUGUGGACAGCAGGAGUGAUAAUGGACAGACUCCCCUGAUGGUGGCAGCAGAGCAGGGCAAUCUGGAGAUAGUACAAGAGCUCAUUAGGAGAGGAGCCAACGUUAACUUGGACGAUGUUGACUGCUGGACGGCGUUGAUCUCGGCAGCUAAGGAGGGCCACAUUGAGGUCGUGAGGGAACUGCUUGAGAACAAUGCAAACCUGGAACACCGAGACAUGGGAGGAUGGACUGCUCUCAUGUGGGCAGCCUAUAAAGGUCGUACAGAUGUGGCCGAGCUGCUUUUGGAAAAAGGAGCUAACCCCAACAUCACUGGUCAGUACAGCGUCUACCCCAUUAUCUGGGCGGCAGGUCGAGGCCAUGCUGAGAUUGUACAUCUCCUGCUGCAGCACGGUGCCAAGGUCAACUGCUCAGACAAGUAUGGUACCACUCCUUUGAUCUGGGCAGCCAGGAAGGGCCACUAUGAGAGUGUGACUCACCUUCUUGCCAACGGUGCAGAUGUGGACCAAGAGGGCGCAAACUCAAUGACAGCUCUGAUUGUGGCGGUGAAAGGAGGCUAUACAGAGGUUGUUAAGGAGCUGCUGAAGAGGAACCCUAAUGUCAACAUGACAGACAAGGAUGGUAACACAGCACUGGCCAUUGCUGCCAAGGAAGGACACACCGAGAUCGUACAGGACCUGCUGGAUGCCAGCACCUAUGUCAAUAUCCCAGACAGGAGUGGGGAGACUGUGCUGAUUGGAGCAGUGAGAGGAGGUCAUGUGGAGAUAGUCCGAGCUCUGCUUAACAAAUACGCUGAUAUUGAUGUCAGGGGCCAGGAUGGAAAGACUGCCCUCUACUGGGCAGUGGAAAAAGGUAACGCUACCAUGGUGAGAGACAUCCUACAGUGUAACCCUGACACCGAGAGCUGCACUAAGGAAGGAGAGACUCCUCUAAUCAAAGCCACAAAAAUGAGGAACAUAGAGAUAGUGGAACUGCUGCUGGAUAAAGGAGCCAAGGUGUCUGCAUUGGACAAGAAAGGAGACACGCCCCUGCAUAUUGCCAUCCGAGGGCGAAGCCGAAAGUUGGCCGAGCUGCUGCUCAGGAACCCUAAAGAUGGCCGCCUGCUUUACCGGCCUAACAAAGCUGGAGAGACACCAUACAACAUUGACUGUACCCACCAGAAAAGCAUCCUCACACAGAUAUUUGGAGCCAAGCACCUCUCCCCCUCUGAGUCAGAUGGAGACAUGUUGGGUUAUGACCUGUAUAGUAGUGCUCUAGCAGACAUCCUUAGCGAGCCCACCAUGCAGCCACCUAUCUGUGUUGGACUGUAUGCUCAGUGGGGCAGCGGCAAGUCUUUCCUUCUUAAGAAACUGGAGGAUGAGAUGAAGACCUUUGCAGGCCAGCAGAUAGAGCCAUUGUUCCAGUUCUCAUGGCUGGUGGUCUUCCUUACCCUGCUACUGUGCGGCUCAGUGGCUGUCGUUCUGGGCUUCACUGUUGAUCCCAAGCUAGCAAUUGCUGUCUCCCUUAGCCUCCUCGCCCUGCUCUACAUCUUUUUCGUAUUGGUGUACUUUGGAAGUCGGCGUGAGAGGGAAAGCUGGAACUGGGCAUGGGUCAUCAGCACUCGCCUGGCUCGCCAGGUCGGUUACCUGGAGCUGCUGCUCAAACUGAUGUUUGUUAACCCACCCGAACUUCCUGAGCAAACCACCCGUGCACUGCCUGUCAGGUUCUUGUUUACGGAUUAUAAUCGUCUGUCCAGUGUUGGAGGGGAGACCUCCAUGGCUGAGAUGAUUGCCACACUCUCGGAUGCCUGUGAGAGGGAGUUCGGCUUCAUGGCCGCCAGGCUCUUCAGAGUUUUCAAGAACGAUGAGGUCCAAGGUAAAAAGUGGAAGAAAACAUGUUGUGUUCCCUCCUUCAUCUUGUUUGCCUUGACACUGGGAUGCCUGAUCACUGGUAUGGCCUUGUUGGCCAUCUUUAAGGUGGACCCUGAGAACUUGACCGUAAAUGCAGUGUUGAUUGCCAUGGCGAGUGUGGUGGGUCUGGCCUUACUGCUCAACUGCAGGACUUGGUGGCAGGUGGCUGAUUCUGUCCUUAACUCUCAGAGGAAACGGCUGCACGGUGCUGCCAACAACUUGCAUAAACUCAAGAGUGAGGGAUUUAUGAAGGUCCUAAAGCAUGAAGUGGAGCUAAUAUCAAAAAUGGCCAAAACCAUUGAUGGCUUUACCCAGAACCAGACACGCAUGGCUGUCAUCAUUGAUGGACUGGAUGCCUGUGAACAGGACAAAGUGCUGCAGAUGCUGGACACGGUGAGGGUUCUCUUCUCCAAAGGCCCUUUUAUUUCCAUCUUUGCCAGUGACCCGCAUAUUAUCAUCAAGGCUAUCAACCAAAACCUCAAUAGUGUGCUUAGAGACUCCAACAUCAACGGACAUGACUAUAUGAGGAACAUCGUUCACCUGCCAGUGUUCCUCAACAGCAGAGGACUCAGUACGGCCAAGAAGCUCUGCAUGGUAACCCCUACCAAUGGAGAGGCACUGCCCGCUGAGGGAUGGCCUGAAGACAUGGACAGGAAGUUGUCUCAGACCAGUCUGGGCCAAGACCCAGCCAAGUUUGGCAGCAGGAAUGCCCUAAACCGCAGGGACACAUACCGACGUCGACAGAUGCAGAGGACCAUCACCAGACAGAUGUCUUUUGACCUGACCAAGCUGCUGGUUACCGAGGACUGGUUCAGCGACAUCAGUCCACAGACCAUGCGGAGGCUGCUCAACAUUGUUUCUAUCACAGGUCGUCUGUUGCGGGCCAAUCAGAUCAUCUUUAACUGGGACCGACUGGCGUCGUGGAUCAACCUGACAGAAGAAUGGCCUUACAGAACUUCGUGGAUCAUCCUCUUUUUGGAAGAGACUGACGGAGUGUCUGACCAGGUCACUCUUAAGACCAUCUACGAGAGAAUCUCCAAGAACAUCCCCACUACUAAGGACGUGGAGCCGCUGCUGGAGAUCGACGGAGAUAUCCGCAGCUUCGAGGUCUUCCUCUCCUCCAGGACGCCCGUCCUCACUGCCAGAGAUGUGGAGAUGUUCCUGCCCUGCACCGUCAACCUGGACCCCAAACUUAGGGAGAUCAUUGCAGAUGUGCGUGCCGCCAGGGAGCAGAUGCACUUGGGAGGAGUGACCUAUCCCACGCUGCCCCUGCAGGAAGCAGUGCCCCGUCCCCAGUCAGUUUAUGGCCAGCCCUCUGCCGCCUGCACCCCGACAGGCUCAUUCGUCAGACCCCUGCCUCCUCAGCCCCACAGUGCCUACUUCAGUGGAAUGACUGGCCCUCAGCACCCUUUCUACAACCGGCCUUAUUUCCCCCAUCAUGUGUAUCACCUGCCACGGCAUUACUCCCACCAUGUCCCCUCGUCCUUGCGCCCCUCCAUUAAACCUGGUCAACCUAAGGACAACACCAAUGGACUUGUCCCUCCUGCAGUCCUGCUCAGCUCCAUGAACACAGAUGCAGUGUGCGAGCUUGUCAAACAGAUAGACGGAGUUGACCCCGACAUGCUGCCUCAGUACACCUCCACCAUCAAGAAGGCUAACAUAAACGGCCGAGUGCUGUCUCAGUGCAACCUGGACGAGCUGAAGAAAGAGAUGGAGAUGAACUUUGGCGACUGGCAACUCUUCAGGGGAACGGUGAUGGAACAACGUCAUGCUGAAAGCCAGGCUCUGCUUCAGGAUGAGUCCCGAGCUGCUAGCGAGCAGGGCAGCAGCGUGCACCAUGGGGAGCCCAGCAGACGCUCAGGGGGGGCCCAGCAUGAAGCGGCGGCCUUCAGCCUCAACCUCAGCUUCGAGGAGCUCAGCGGAGCUGGUCUGGAGGAGCCUCCAAGACACAGCAACAACUCACACUGGCCGGUGGCAAAUCACCGCACCUCAAGCAUGUCCAGCCUCAACUCUCAGGAAUCCUCCAAUGACAUUUGCAAGCUGACAGACAAGCAGCAGGCGGAGUACCGUGAUGCAUACAGGGAGUACAUCUCUCAGAUGGCACAGCUGGAGAUGUCCGGCACUGGGGGAGAGAGGCCCGUGCAGCCCCACCCUGGACAGUUCCUUCAGGCUGCCACUUCAGAGGACAAAGGGGCCAAGGAAGGAUCUGAUCAAGACAGCCGCAAGUCCUUCACCAAGAGGGGCUCCAAGGCUAGUGAUGCCACGGACUUCCCCUCAGGAGCAGAUGCCCAGCUCCUAGACCCUAUCAGUGAAGAGGAUGAGAACCACAGUGCAUCCUCGAGGACUCCAGGCACCAAGAAGAAGGGAGCUGGGGCAUUGUACCACAAGCUGCCCAACGAUGAAGACUCGGGCCCAGAAGAAACUGACAACACCACACCUCUCCUCCACAGAGAAGCUGGUGCUGUGUCCUUCCACAGAGGCCCCCAGCCCACUGGGCUGCUGACCAAGCCUGGCUUCCUCACCGAAAUCGCCCUGGAUAAGAAGGACUCGUCCGACUCAGGGAUGCGCUCCAGUGACAGCUCCUCGGACCGCUCCUCGGACCGCUCCCUGGAGGAGGCUGAAGGAGACGCCGACAGAGAGAAAGAAUCCCUGAAGCCCAGCCUGAUCGAACUGGAGCUGGAUGGCUUGGUGAAAAAGAGAGGCCACCUCCCGAACAGCCUGAGCAGCUUGCAGGACGCGACGGUGGCCCGGAUGUCCAUCUGCUCCGAGGCCCCGUCUGAGGCCAGCCUAAUGGCCAGCAGUCCAGACGAGGGGUGGCCGUCUAGUGGGGUCAGCAACCUCAACCGCACCGAGAGCAACACCACCCUCAAUAACAACACAAACGACACCACUACCACCAACAACACCAACACCAACAACAGUCGCCAGCAGCCAGCUAACAUCACAGGCACACAGUCCACCACCACCUCCUCCUCCAGCAUCCACGACUCGCCAGCUGUCAUCAUCACCCCCGGCAGCAGCAGCAGCACUGUUAACACCGCGGCUGCCACCAUCCGCAACCAGAACCUGCGCACCAUCAGCCUGGGAGAUGAGAGGGAAAGCGUCCUCUGAGAGGGGUCACUUGACUGUUGUUCUUGAUGUUGUUGGUGACAUUAUUAAACUCUUGGUGUUGUGAUGUGUUCCAAAUAAUUAGAGUAGAUAGAUAUGUGUUCUGCUGUUAGGAAGUGUUACUGUGAAUCAAGAGUAGUGCAGUCAAAAGCUUUGAUUAGUCGGUUAGCAGAAAUGAAAAAAAAAAAAAAAUCACCAAAGUUAUGUUCAGAAUUACAAUCAGUCAGGUCAAAUUGGGAUCUCAUUAACUUGUUUUUAUUGUUACAAGACCUUGUGCCGUUCCAUGUGUUUGGAGUGUGUUUUCUUCUGUCAACUGAAUGUUGGUGCUGGUACAUGUUGUGGACAUGGUAUGUUACAGGGAAAAAAAAGUUCAAAAAAAUGUAACCUCAUCUGUAAAGGCUCA